AUGGGCUCUGUGUCAAACCAGCAGUUUGCAGGUGGCGGCGCCAAGGCGCCGGAGGAGGCGCAGGAGGAUGCGGCCCGGGCGGCCGAGGAGCCGCAGCUGCUGCACGGAGCCGGCAUCUGUAAGUGGUUCAACGUGCGCAUGGGAUUCGGCUUCCUGUCCAUGACUGCCCGUGCCGGGGUCGCACUCGACCCCCCGGUGGAUGUCUUUGUGCACCAGAGUAAGCUGCACAUGGAGGGCUUCCGGAGCCUGAAGGAGGGUGAGGCCGUAGAGUUCACCUUUAAGAAGUCUGCCAAGGGCCUGGAAUCUAUCCGAGUCACCGGCCCUGGUGGGGUGUUCUGUAUUGGGAGUGAGAGGCGGCCCAAAGGGAAGAACAUGCAGAAACGCAGAUCAAAGGGAGACAGGUGCUACAACUGUGGAGGUCUAGACCAUCAUGCCAAGGAAUGCAAACUGCCACCCCAGCCCAAGAAGUGCCACUUCUGCCAGAGCAUCAACCACAUGGUGGCCUCGUGUCCACUGAAGGCCCAGCAAGCUCCCAGCUCCCAGGGAAAGCCAGCCUGCUUUCGGGAGGAGGAAGAAGAGAUCCAUAGCCCCGCCAUGCUCCCCGAGGCCCAGAAUCGAGCCACAGUGGGUGGGGGCUAUCCGUGUGUGAUCAGGAAGUUUUGA